AAAUUCACUGGCGGAGAAAGAAGUAGGCCGCCAUCAAAAGAGCGUUUGUUCCCCUUUCCGCCGGCGGCGCAAAGAGCAGCAGGAGCACACUUUGCAAGCGCAACGCCGCCAGAAAAAGAGCUCGCGCAAAUCCCUCCAAUGGCGGCAACGGUCACUAACGGUCACCCGCCGACCGUUAACUCUCUCCCCUCUUCCCGACAAGGCCUCCAUCGACCCUCUUCCUCCUCCUCGUACCGUCCUCUUUGGCCUCCGAGGGACAAGCCUACCCUCGCCUCCUCCAGGUUGCGCUUCUCGCUCCCGGCGGUUGGACCGAGAAAGCGAGGAUCGAGCUUGCCUUUGGUGUUCUGCUCGUCUGAGGGUGAAUCCGAGACGGACCCGGAAUCGCCCCCGAGUGAUUCGACCGUGCGUCUACAGCUUAAUUUGGAACACCCGAGGAGAAGAUUGGUUGUACAAUUCACUUGUAAUGAAUGUGGUGAAAGAACACAAAGGCUCGUUAAUAAGUUAGCCUAUGAACGAGGUCUUAUAUUUGUACAGUGUGCUGGUUGUCUUCGGCAUCACAAGUUAGUAGACAAUCUUGGCCUCGUAGUGGACUAUGACUUGCGAGAAGAAAUUGAGAUGGAGCAAUAAAGAUCAAGCCUGUUGAAGUUCAAAAUGGCGAGGACCUCUCCAUGCUGUACUUACUUUUGUUGAAUCGACUGACUUUGUGAAGGUCUUGUUUUGAAUGAAAAAAGAAUUGUCCAAUAGUAUGUCAUUGUGUAGAAAGAAUACAAAAAUGCCUUACAAUUCUUGAUCAUAUUUUCUUUUAUUUGUUCUA